UCAAGCUUAACAAAUCUUUUCUCCUAAUAACACAUAAAACUAAUUUGAAAUGGACAUCACAAGGUUACUAUUUUUUAUCAUUUUCGUUUGGCAAAAAUACGAAUCGCUGGCUAAUACUGUAGAAAAUCCGGUUCAAGAGUGUUUUGGUUUCUGUGAUCAAAUUUUGGAUCCCAAUAGCACCUAUGAACAGAAGUGGAAUGAGACCGAAACCAGGAUAAAGACCUUGCAGGAUAAAAUAAUUCAAAUCGAAAAUGAACUGGCAAAGCCAAAACCGAAAAUUGACGGGUUUAUUCAAAUCGGCUCAAGGUACUUUCACAUAGAAGUGGACUUUCGGGUAACUUGGUAUAAGGCAAUUCAACUCUGUCUGGACAAGGGAGGACAGCUGGCGGUCAUCCAAAAUGAAGAAGAACUAAACGCCAUCAGCGCCAAGCUCGAUGAAGGUAGCUCCUACUGGCUGGAUAUCAAUGACCUGGCUUAUGAAGGUCAAUUCGAGUCUUGGGCAUCCGGAAAGAAAACUCCUUAUCUCAAGUGGUACCACGGCGAACCCAACAACGUUAAUGAUGACGAGGAUUGUGUGUUUCUCAAGAACCGAGAAAUGUCGGAUAUACACUGUUACUCAUCCUUGUACUAUAUUUGUCAAUCUGACAUUGUAGAUUGGUAGAUUAUUAUAAUGUAUUCGUUUCUUUAAAAUUAAACGGAUAAUCAAGAGU